AUUCAGUAUUCUCUUUAUGUCAAGCCUCUGUAGACCAUGACGUUGAGAGGCCCUGUAGGUGUAAUUUACAAUUAUAUAAAGAUGCUGGAGAGGAGACAAAGAUGUCUCUUUACUCCAGAUCUCGACUUCUUUCUAACUGUAUCAUUUCAUACAAAACUUAUAUCAUGUACUCAAACAUCCUCUUUUCAGCUACAGCCAUAGCUCUCCUGGCCCAGCAAGCUGCCACAGCUCCGGCAUCCCCUCCUACCGGCUCCCAAGUCCUCGCCAACACAAGCUAUGGCCCAAUCCCAGACGAAUCCUCUUACUACAGCACCUACCCCGAGAAAGCUCCCCCAUUCCCCGCAAACAUCACAGCUCCCGUCCUAAAUACAACAUACGGACCUCCCGGCCCCGACGACCUCAUGUGGCAAAACCUCCUCUCCGCCGAAUGGAUCAUCUACUCCUUCUACCAAACGGCCGUCGAAAUGUUCAACACCAGCUCCUUCACCUCCCUCUCCCUCCCCAACACAACCUACAUGCGAAUCGUCUCCAUCCGCGACAACGAAGCCGGCCACCUCCGCAUAUUCCAAGACCAGAUCUCCUCCAACUCCAUCAAACCCGGAGCCUGCCAAUACGAAUUCCCUUUCACCACCACCUCAGACUUCCUCGCGCUACAAAACCUCAUCGAGAUAGCCUCCAUGGCCUUCCUAACCGGCCUCGUGCAACAAGGUAAACUCAACACCACCAAAGGCGCCUUAACCGCCAUCGGCGAAACGGAAACCAGACACCUCGUCUGGGGCCUAAUCGAUGUGUGGAACGUCGAUCCGUUCGCCGGCCCCGCCGACACCAGUUUCCCGUACGCGAACCAGAUCCUCGAUACCACGAACACGUUCGUGGUCGAUGGUUCCUGCCCGUCCGAAAACCCAACCUAUCCCUCGCCGCGCCAGAACCUGCCUCCUAUCUCAACAGCAACGAAUACCACGAGCGUGGCGCCUGGGUCGACCGUGGAGUUCGUGUUUAGUGAUGCGGAGAACCAGCCGAGUUUUAGUGCGGAGAAGGAGUAUUAUGUGGUUUGGUUCCAUGGGGUGGAGAAUGUGACUGUGGCGUUUGAUACGGGGAGUAAUGAGACGGUCAUCCCGGGGCGGUUUGAGGAGAGGGGGUUGAUUGUUGGGGUGGUGGCUGAUGAGGUGGGGGCGCCGACGCUGGAGAGUGUGGUUGCGGGGCCGGUGUAUUUGUUGGAGCAGCCGAGUGGGUUGGGGACUAUGUUGUCUUCGUUGUAGGACGUGAUAUGGGAGAAGGAGAGGUGGCACGCUGUGAUUUCUGUUUGAAGAACACUUUUGUUAUGUUGAACUCCUGGAAAACAACGAGGUGGGAUUUGGUCGUUACUAGAGCUUUUCCUAGAAAAAAUUGUGUAUUAUACUAUAAAGAAAUAGAUAGACACUGUAUCGAAUUUGUAUUACA